AGCCGAGUCGCUGUCCGUCCGUCGUUUUGUCUGUCGUGAGAAGAAAAAGUGGUUGCUGCUCCUGGGAAGCAGCGGGAUCUACAGAGGGAAUUUCGUAGGAAAAUUCGUGAAAAUUGUGUUGAAAAGUGCAGAAUUCGUUCGCCUAUCGCCUGGUUCAGUGCUGCUGACCGUUGAGUUCAGUGUGAAAUCAGCCGUUUUGUGUUGCAGAAGAACGGAAGAGUUUGCCACUACGAGGAAGCAUGCAGAACGUGGAACUCGUCAUCGAGCGAAAGCUUCGGCCGAUUUUCGAGUCGAUCGAAAUCGGCCACUACAAGAAGGCCCUGCAGGAUGUGGAAAAGGUGCUGAAGAAGAAUCCGACCAUUCAGUGCGGUCGUGCGUUGAAGGCUUGGGCGUACCUUCGGCUGGGACGAGAUGAGGAAAGUGCUGUUCUGAUUCAGGCCCUAAAGCAGGAGACUCCGACGGAAUCGACGACCUUGCACGUGAUGACCCUUUGUUAUAAGGAAACGGACCAGCUGGACAAAAUAUGCGAAAUUUUCACCAGUGCCUCGAAGCAACUGCCAGGCAAUGAGGAACUGUUGUCACAGCUGUUCAUUGCCCACAUGAGGGUGAACGACUUCAAGGCGCAGCAAACGGUCGCCAUGCAGUUGUACAAGCUGAAACCCCGGAAUCCGUUCUACUUCUGGGCCGUUACCAGUGUGAUGCUGCAGGCAUUGCGUGGCCCUGACGCAAAGGAUCAGCAAAAGUCCAGUUUGCUGCUGUCGCUGGCCCAGCGAAUGGUCGACAAGCUGAUCGCAGACAACAAGAUCGAAGCGUCGCAGGAAGUGCAACUGUAUUUGCAGAUCCUGCAGCACCAGGAAAAGUAUCAGGAAAUGCUGACUUUCCUGGAAGGAUCAGUGUGCACCAACCUGUAUCCGGGGGCACCGCAUUCGAUCAAGAUUGAUUUGCUGAAGAAGUUGGGCAAAUGGGCGGAACUUAAUAAGCUGAUGAAGCAGUUGCUCACGGAAGACCCUGACCGAUGGGAUUACUACCAGGACUACAUUCAGUCGACGAUGGAAAUGAUAAAAAUCAAAGACGAAACAACGGAGACGGAUCACACGGUCGACAUGUGCCAUGAGUUUAUAGCCGGAAUCAUAGAAUCACAGCCACGGAAGAACCGGGGACCGUAUUUGGCCCGACUGGAGCUGACGCGGCUCAUGGUGGAGCACAAAUUCGACAAGGAGCAACAGUUUGGCGAGCUGACGGACCUGCUGCUGGAUUAUUUCCGCAUGUUCGGCGACAAGACGUGCUGCGCCAACGAUCUGAAACUGUUCCUGGAGUAUGUGGAACCGGCGAAGAGACCCGGUUUUGCCGCUCAGCUGAUGCAGGAGUGUCGAAUCAAUCCGGUCACGUUGCCGAGUAGUAAAGAGCACAUGCAACGGCACAUUUGCUCGCUGCAGAUUGCCCGGUUCUGUGGUGCUCACGCUGCCUUGAGCGAGGAACAUCUGUCGGCUCUGUAUACCGCGCUAAGCUUGCACUACGAGCAUGGCUACAACACGUUCGGACAAGGACUGCUCCCGACGGACAUGGGACCUUCGGAUCCGUACGCUUUGUUGGCAGUAAACAUCAUGUACGACCGGGCCUGGAAGCUUCAGCGAUCGGAACCUCUCGUGGAAGCUCUCUGCCUGCUGAAUCACCUGCUCUCGAAUAGCAUCAACAACUUUCAUGGCAAGCUGCUGAAUCUACAGUUGUACCAUCGGUUAGGAUUGGUGGAAGCUGCUCAUCGGGCGUACGAAUCCCUGGACAUUAAGCACAUCCAGCUGGAUUCGCUCGGCUACCUGCACUGUAGUCACCUAUGCAACGGGGGUUUCCCCGCGCUGGCCAAGCAAAUCUUCGACCAAACGUUGAACUUCUUCAUUAACGACCACCAGAACAGUGUCGAGUUCCUCAAGACGUCCUACAACUUUGGUUCGUUCUCGAAGUUGGUCGAGUUCUUGGACUUCAGGGACCGACUUUCGAAUAGUUUGCAAUUUACGCUUAUCUCGGUCGAGGCCUUGCUACUGGAGAUGGUGUGCUUCAGCGGGACACUGGCACAGAAUCUGGCCGCCUAUCGGUUGAUGCGGAUCAAGCCACAAGAGGAUCGGAUCAAGUGGGACGAGAUGAGCGACAAUCGUGACUUAACGAUAUUCGUGCACUGGGACCCGGUGGUGGACUAUUCGAAGGUACUCCCACCGGAAGGCGCCGAAUCCGUGCUGAAAAACAACGAGAACUACGCCAUCGUGCUGGAGUCCAAGACGGUCGAACAGCUGCGCGAAGAGUGCCAGAAGGAGAGUUUCAUGCAGGAACUGGAACUGCUCCAGCUGCGUUCGGGCUUGUUGAGGCUGGUUUCCUCAUUCGUCGAACUGUUCACCAAGGGAGGCGACGACGAGUACCAAACGGCACAGGACCUAGGCAGCCACUGGGGCGAACUGUUCCGAACGGUGCGAGCCAAGAACCGACUGCCGGCUUGCGAACGAUUUCUAGUCAAUUUACUGCCGUCUCGGCUGCACUCGGUGCUGGCGAUGCCGUACGAAACCGUUUUUCGAGAUUUGGCCAGCUUUUUGCUGGCGCUGUGGAAGGGCGAAAGGCACGAACAGAUCCGAUCCGAAGCGGAGGGAUGCGUGAAGCAUGUUAACGAACUCUUCGCGCUGAUUGCCAGCUCGAUCAAGACGUACAACAGCUCCGGGGAUUUGCUGUGGAAUAGGAAGAAGGUUCACGACACGGUGAAUGCCUGCGUCGAGAUUGCAUCGCUGAUUCUGUUCGUGAUGACCGUGUGUUUCGACAAGUACUCACAAGCGCCUGCACCGCAGCCUACGCGCAAGGUCAAAAAGAAGGACUCAGAACAGAACAAUCAUGAGCCCGCGGUGGUCCUUAUGACGGACAAGAACCGACUGCAGCUGGUGGUGGAUGUGCUGCGAGCUCUCAAAACGAAUCUGGUGGACUGUGAAGCGGUACUUUCGACCUGGGAAUUACCACUCCUAUCCGAUUCGUUAGCGGGCGCCCUGGAGCAGAUGUCACUCGGUGCUAAAAGUGAAAGCGCCGUCCGGCUAAAACUAAUGGACACCCACCUGGGCGAGAUUAAGGAACUGAAAAAGUUGUUAAAAGACAAACUAAAGUUGAUAAAUAAAUCGAUUUAAUGGAACAAGGACACGUCACGUCAGUACUCGAACCACUUUUUUGGAAGAAUCAGGAAACCAGUGCACGGGAGAGUCAGUAGCCGAAGCCAGUAAGUAAGUACCUAGUUUGCGCAAGGUAUAUGUUAAGUGAGGUCGCAAUAGAAGCCGCCCCUGGGAAUGUUAUCGGUUUUAAAACUUUGAGAGAAUCAAUGCAUUAUGAUACUGUAAACGCUAGGGCGAAACGACUGGUAGAAUGUUGACAUCAUCACACAUUCACUUUCUUCAUUCUCAACAUCUCCCCCAUUUAGUACCUACCUACCGACCGUACACCAAAUACCCGUAAUUAUUCAACUCUCACCGAACAUGGCCUCUUUUGAUGGAGAUUCCGCAAUGCUUAGACGUUGAACCACUGCAUUUUCAGCACCCAAUCUAUUUAUUUGUCUUUGUAUAGUACAGUCUUAACCAAAUCGCGCAAAUCACAGUUUGUUAUAGAAAAAAGGUAUAUUUUUUUAAUGUGACCAUCUCUAAAAUGUAGGUUGGGGUGUACCUAUAUUUCUAACACCCUUUGUUCAUAUUUGUUGAGUAAACCUUGGCAAAUUUUUGGAACAUUCUAAUGUAGAUCUACUUGAUAACUUCAAAUGCUUAGUUAGAAAGUUUUGAAAAAUGUAGAAGUUAUUCGUUGGAACGAUGAUUUUUAGUUUAUUCUCAUGCAAUCUUUUUUUUUAAUUAAAGUAUAUGUUUGACAAAUUUUAAUCUACAUUCUAUGUUUCAAUAAUACUCGACUACAUCUACAGUCUGCAUAAGCUUCUCAUCAGUAAUUGUUCGAUGGAUUUUAUAUGAAAAACAAAAAUAGCUAGGUUCUGCCCGGUAAGUUCACUACACCAGUAAAGCGAGCAUGUAGCAAUCAAAACUAUCGUUAACUGUGGACAGGUGAACUGUGAGAUAUUGCAAUACAUCAUUCAGCUCAUUGAUCGAUUUUGUUUUGUUGUUGUGAUUCCACCCUUGUCCUCUGGUGAUCAAGACCAGCCAGUGUGCCAGUGCUGUGUUGCAAUUAAGCGCUCUCAAGCGAACAAGAAAACUACUUGCAGCAGUAACGAUUCGUGCACUAUUACUAUUAUGAACAGUUAGGUUUAAAGUAAGUUGAACUAUUUCUAAGGUAAGCAAACAGACAAAAAAAACCCUAGGCGAAACAAAAAAUAAAACGAACAAUUUGCGAAAUAAACUCAAGGCAAUUGGAAGCCACCAUUGCCGAAGUGAAA